AUGUCCAUCCACUCGGACCGACACAAACAGUUCAUGUGCCAGUGGUGCGGCAAGGACUUCAACAUGAAGCAGUACUUUGACGAACACAUGAAGACACACACUGGAGAGAAGCCGUAUAUCUGUGAGAUCUGUGGGAAGAGUUUCACCAGUCGUCCGAACAUGAAGCGCCACCGUCGGACCCAUACGGGGGAGAAGCCGUACCCCUGCGAGGUGUGUGGUCAGAGGUUCCGUUUCUCCAACAUGCUCAAGGCCCACAAGGAGAAGUGCAUCCGGGUCAGCAACCCCAUGGUAACCAACAACAACGACUCGCUGGGCGUCGACCCCCCCUCCCCGACUGUUUCUGCGGACCCUGCUGCGAUUGGUCAGGUGGUUUUAGGGGCGGUGCUCCCGGGGGCAAUGCAUCACCAUGCCACGCCCCUCUCCCUCCCCCUGAUCCACUCCCUGGGGGGGCUGCCCCACACCCCCGCGCCCCACCUCCCCCUCCUCCACCCCUCUUCUCUGGCAGGAUGGGCUCCAACAUCUAGCUAACGCACUCCGCUCUCCUAACAGACCAGACCGCUAGCAUCCAUCUACUCUACAACGCUCUGCUAACAGACCAGACCGCUAGCAUCCAUCUACUCUACAACGCUCUGCUAACAGACCAGAUCGUUAGCAUCCAUCUUACUCUACAACCCUCUGCAAGACAGACUGCUAGCACCCAUCUACUCUACAACACUCUGCUAACAGACCAGAUCGUUAGCAUCCAUCUACUCUACAAACACCUCUGCUAACAGACUGCUAGCACCCAUCUACUCUACAACACUCUGCUAACAGACCAGAUUGUUAGCAUUCCAUUCUACUCUACAACACUCUGCUAACAGACUGCUAGCAUCCAUCUACUCUACAA